UCUUCUAUUCCCGUAACCAGCGGACGAAAGUGGCAAGUCGUUGUUUACGAAGGCGGCAACCAGAGCACAACAAGCACGAAAGCCGUCUCAUUUUUCCCCCCAAAAUAUCCGCACUACUUCAAUUUAUUUGCGAAAAGCCCAUCUCUGAAAGCGUCUGAUCUGCCGGUCAGUAGGGGUACUUUGGGGUUCACGCCCCAAAAAUAACCGCUAGUUCAUAUUUUUCUCGAUCCUUCCUUACAUGCCCAAAAGAACCAAAACUUGCAAAAGAAGAAGAAAAUUUUCAACCGCGGGCGGAGAUUGAUCCUGGUUCGGGGUUCAUUGGAUUUUCCAUUAUUGAUAAGAAGCUCUGCUGUAAAGUGAUACAUAGGAGUAUGAGUGUAAUCUAUUGCUGUUGAAAUAGUGGGAAAGAAAGAAAUCAAAGUUUUGAAUUUGUAAGCACAAAUUUUCUUAAUACCCCGAAAUAUUGGAUCUUUUGUAAGUUAUGAACUUGACUUUAAUUUGGACUUUGUUGACUCAGAUGAUCCAAUUUUUCAGUCCCUUUUGCUGUAUUUUCUCAGGAACCAAACAGAGAGUUUCUGCUGAUCUAGUUCUAAUAUGAAGCCAAAGGAAAAUUGUUAGAACAAGUUUGGUUUUGAAAAGGGGGCGAAAGAUAAAAGUUCUCUGGUUGCAAACCCCUUUGCUGAUAGUGGUUUAGGGUUUUUUUUUUCUUUCCAUUUCUGAUGUUGGUAACAAAACCUUAUUGCUUAUUUUAAUUUUGAGUUCUGUCGUUUUUAUUUCAUAUAGUUCCUUUAUAUCUCUGCAUUAUAAACAGUGGAAAUCAAUUUAUCUACAUGUCAAGGUCAUUUUUACAAUUUUGUUUUUGGUUCCUGAGGUGAGGUCUUUCAAUUGAUGAAGCAGCUUAUCUUUUGAAGCAGUUGUACAGAAUUUGAUGAAUUCCCAGUCUACUUGCCGCAACCAGAGACCCAAAGGGUUGAAGGUAAAGCUGGUCUUUCAGAUUGCUUUGCUUUUGGCUGUUUGCUUCUGGUUGCUAUACCAGAUGAAGUACUCACAUGACAAGGCCUAUAGUGGAAGUGCAGAGAACAAGGUUAGUGAAGAACGCGGUUCUAAUAUUUUGGGGCGCAAAGGGAAUGCAGGGUGGUCAAAAGAUGGCGGUAUAUCUGGAUCAGAAGAUGUAAAUCUUGUGGAAGGAAGCAUAAAGAAAGAAGAUGGAGGUGUUGGAGAUGAUAUGUUAGGUGAAAAUGCUGAAGAGAAUAAUGAAGCAGAAUCUAACAAAGUAGAUGAUCAUGCUCAUGGAAAGCUUGGGAGGCCUGAAGGGAAUGAAAUUGAAAGGGAAACAGAAAUGCAGUACAAAGUAUUGAACAUUACAGAUGAUAAUUCUGAUGUUGAAGACAAAGGAAAUGAUGAACCAGUGGGGCUCAACAGGAACUCAUUGCAAGAAGAAAAUUCUCAAGGGAGACAUGGAGAUACACAGGAAAUUAUCUCGGAUCACGACGGUGAGAAAGAUGUGAAGAAUAUUAGUCAUGAUGAAGUUGGAGAGGAAAACGAGCAAAAUUCACAAGUUAAUCAUGAUAAGCAAGAAAAUGAAAAGGACCGAGAGAAAGAGCCACAGAGAUUGGAGGAGUUUAGUACUAACAAGGACAUUUCAGUACAACAUAGUCAAGGGAAGAGUGACACUCUAAAGGGCCCAGAUUCAGUGGUAGAUGGAGUCCAUGGAUUUAAUGAUGAGAAUGGUGUUCCUGUAGAUGGCAAUGAUCUCAUAGAGUCCAUAGUGACUGGAUCAAGCGAUGAUCAUGCAAUGGUUCUACAUCAGGAAAUGAAUUCAAGUUCAAACAAUCAAAGUGAAACGAAAGAAAACACUAUAAAAGAAGAAGUUGCAGCUAAAGAAGGAACAAAUGGCGCUGAUUUUGAAGCCAAAAGCAAAAUCUUAGUAGAAGACUCAAAAAUCGAUGUGAAACCAAAGGUGGAAACAAGUUCUGGAAUUGGUGUUGACACAAACACCUCGAGGAUCGAUAGCGUUUCAGAAACUACACAGAGAGGCAGUUCAGUUUCAGAUUCUUAAUAGUAAAACAAAGGGUCAUUAACAUUACAGGUUUUUUUCCACACGCCGGAAGUAAAAAGAACAAAAGUAGAAAGUGACUUGAGGCACAUUCCUUGGUGAAUGACAUUGUACAAUCUAAUUCUGAAUUUGUUUUUGCACGUUGUUGACAUUUUCUUUGCCUACAAAAUGAGAAUGGGCGAUACUUUUAUACAAUCUGGUCCCAUGAAUUAUUGAACUUA